AAUAUCGCACCGGUUUUCUGCAUCUCUAGGCAGAAUAAAAAUAAAAUCGUACGCAUUUGAUAAACAUACGUAUGAAGGUAGAUCAUUGAUAUGAAUAUGACGGGAUGUACAUUUGGUAAAGCUAGUUUUAUUACUGAGGAAUGGAAAAGUUGGUGCCGUCUCUGUGCAAAGGCUAAUUCUCAAUACAUAAACAUCAUAUCAGGACAGAGUCAGCUGCCCACGAUAAGUAAUAGGGGCUACGACUAUAAUACUAUUGCAACUCUUAUAGAAGAUUUCUUUCGGGUUCAUGUUAAAGAGGAUGAAAAGCUUUCGCAGUUGAUUUGUACAGAAUGUUACCAAGUAAUGAGUUCUAUAGUCAUAUUUAGAGAGCGUGUAAACAAAGUUCAGAAAAUGUACGACGAUUUGCAAUGUAAGAACUACUUAGGCGAACUCAAUUCAAAUACAUUGCUUGAGAAAUACGACUUAAUUGAAAAUGAACCAUUUUUAAUACCUUCUGCCACUAAACUUCCAGUUGAAGAAGUUUUCGUGGCCGAUUUGCCAAAUACAACUGCAUCGCAGUCAUCAGAAAUCGAAAUAAAAAGUGAGAAAAAUUUUGAUGAACUGCAGACGGAUAUUCUUGCAGCUGACUUAGAGAAAAUAGAUGAAUUCAAAGAUCCAUUUGGCGAUGCAGAAAGUAAUUACGAUGACCCAGAUUAUUCUCCGGCGGAAAGUAGUGAAGAUAGUGAUGAAGAUUUUGAAAUAAGAAAGGGUGAAUCAAAAAAUAUAACAGAACGGUCGGAAAAUAUCUGGAAUACAUCUACACAUGGCUUGAAGUAUAAGUACUCUUGCAAAAUGUGCUCUGAAAGUUUUAAAUAUAUCAGGGUUUACGGUGGUCAUAUGAAAAAGGCACAUGGUGAAAUAAUUUGUCCACAUUGCCCAGAUUCAUACAAACACACUCAUCAAUUAGAGUCGCAUAUGAAAGUUCACCCAAAGUCUUUUUCCUGUUCACAUUGCGAUAAAAGUUUCGCAACAAGACAACGUUUAGAAGGACAUAUAAAAUGUAAACAUGUAGCUCGGCCAUCGCUUAUUUGUGAAGUAUGUGGUGUGACUUUGCCCAGAAAAAAACAGCUAUCAGAUCACAUGUUGCAACACGCUGAUUAUGCCCCAUUUGAAUGUAAAGUUUGUGGUGGACGUUUCAAAUUAAAAAAACGUCUAAAGACGCAUAUGCAAAUACACGGAGACAAGCAUAUUUGUCCUCAAUGUGGCAAACAGUUGAGUACGCGAGCUAUUCUUAAGAGUCAUUUAUUGGUGCAUUCCGACAAGAUGUCUCAUAAAUGUGACUUUUGCGGCCGUCUCUUUAAGCGGCCAAGCGCUUUGAAAAACCACAUAAUUGCCCAUACUGACCUCAGACCUUACAAAUGCGACUUUUGUGAUAAAAGUUUCUCCACUGGGCCAAGUUGUCGCUUUCAUAAAAAAACUAUGCAUCCGACGGAAUUAGCUGCUCUAGAAGCAACAGGGGCUAAAGCUUAUACCAAAAAUAUACCUAAACUACACGUACUAAAAGAAGUGUCGAAAACUGGCAAGAACUUAAAACCACUGGCAUCCAAACAAAAUGGUUUUGGACAUUUUGAUAAGGAAUUUCAACAUAAACCCAAGACUACAGAUACACAGCCCAUAGCUGAUGCAACCAGCUUAUAUCGUCAGACAAAUGACCUUGGUCAGAAGUAUCUGAAAUAUAGAUCAACACUGUCAUAUGAACCAAAGAAUAAUAGUAAAAACAUAAAAGAAUGUAAAGACGACUUUCAAGAAUCGCAAAAAAUGCAGGUUAAAGAGCUAAAGCUCCUUUUAGAAGCUAUAGAGAGGAAAUUCGGUGAGCGUAUAGAUGCAAUGCAAAGAGUUCAAAAAACAUGCGAAAGGAGCAUUGCUGAGGCCAAUAAGACGAAAGCUGUAGCUGAAGAUGUGAAACAGCAUAGCCAAGAUCUAUGCGAAGCUAUGGUACGAAAUGAGAGUGAAAUCAAGAAAGAUAAGUCUAAAUACUAUAAUGUGCUCAUUGAAACGGACGUUGAUACGUUCUCGGCAGUGCUCAAAACCGAAAAAAUAAAUAUUGGCUGGGAGAAAUGUAGAGUACAAGAUGGUAUGGGUGUGUCACUCUGCUACAAAUGUAAGGGCUUCAAUCAUAUAGCUACGAAGUGCAAGGAUGAAGAGGUCUGUCUGAAGUGCUUGGAUAUUAAUAUAAACCUGAAUAUAACGUCGACAUAUAGUAAGAAACUGAAUGAGAUAUUCGCCCAUCAGGCUAUGAAACAGUUAAUUAACUUUAAUACUAGGGUUACUGAAUAUUCCGAAACACUGAUCGACUUAUUGUACGCGAACGCUAAGGAAGUGUCAUGUGAAAAAGCGAAGGAACAUAGAAUAUCGGAUCAUGAAACUAUAAUGUUCAAAUGCGAUAUAAAUAAACAAGGCCCUAUGAGUAAACUGUCUGAAAUAACUUUGUGGGAUGGGUACAGCCCAGACAACCUCAUAAAUCUUUUGCGACAAUGCCCCUUCGCUGACCUGAAUAGUCUCAGUCCUGAUGUAUCUAUAAUGUCGAAUAAGAAUUCAACUGUGGUAGGACAACUGGAAAAUAGUGCAGAAAAUUUUUUUGAUGAAAUAUGGAGGACUUGGUGCCGCCUCUGUUGCAAGGCCGAUAUUCAGUCCAUCAAUGUUAUAUCGGGUCAAUGUGGGAAUUCCAUUAAUGAAACUAGCUAUAGCUGCAAUAUAGACGCGGUACAGGUUAUAGGGGAAUUCUUCCGAGUUCAAAUUAAAGAGGAUGACAAACUGCCACAAGUUAUUUGUCAGGAGUGUUGCGGGAGGGUAAAAAACCUUAUUCAAUUCAGAGACCGCGUAAAUAAAACCCAACAAAUGUACGAAGAACUGCAGAAGUGUACAGACAAAGAAAACCUAGAUUUGAAUGGAUUACUUUCGAAGUACGGUGUAUUUAAAGACGAAUCGUUAAUAACUCAAUAUAGGAGUGAGCUUCCGGUUGAAGAAAUUUUCAUAUCCGAUCUGGUAUCAGUUACAUGCAAUGCUGACGCUGCGAACAUUGAUGUAAAAACUGAGAAGGUAUCUAUUGAAAAUCAGCCAAAUACCUUAAGAUCAAGUAAAAAAAUUGAAUCUCAAGAUCCGAUCGGCGACGAGAAUGUAAAACUUGACGAUAAAUCUUAUACAUCGUCCGAAGACGAAGACAGUAGUAGUAGCGAAUUUAGUUUCGGCGGCUUGGAUUCUGUAGAAUGUAGCGACACUGGAAGCCGUAGGAGUAGUGAAAAAAAGUCAAAAAAAUCCACAAGAACAUCUGAAGAUAUCUCUCGGGAAAUUCACCAUUCCUGCAGUAUUUGCUCACAGAGUUUUCAACGACGGAGUAAUUACUAUACACAUAUGAAAAAAAAACAUGGAGUUUUCAUUUGCUCACAAUGUCCGAGUUCCUUCAAAAGUGAAUUUGAUUUGCACGGACAUAUGAAAGAUCACCAAAAGCUGUAUAAUUGUCACUAUUGUGACCAAAAGUUCGAAAGAAAGGGUGGAAUGAUCAAACACAUAAGAAAUGAACAUGAAAAUAAUGGUAAAAAUGUAUUUAGUUGCCUGCAUUGUGACCGAAAAUUCGAAAGAAAGGGCGCAAUGAGCAGACAUAUAAAAAUUGAACAUAAACAUGAAAGCCCGUAUGUCUGCGACGCAUGUGGAGAAGCAGUCCUCUCAAAGAAACUAUUGAAACAACAUAUGUUGACCCACACUGACUUCACGCCCUAUGUAUGUAAAGACUGUGGAAAGGGAUUCAAAGAGAAAUAUCGCCUGAAGAGACACUUGGAAAUACAUGGAGAUAAGCUGAUUUGUACGGAAUGUGGCAAGCAGUUAAGUUGCCGAGCUACAUUCAAUAAUCAUAUGCUGGUGCAUUCCGAUAAGAUGCCCCACAGAUGUGAUUACUGCGGGAGAACAUUUAAGCGGGCCAAAACUCUUAAAUAUCACCUGAUUGCCCACACAGGCCUAAGACCAUAUUCAUGUGACUUUUGUGGAAAGACAUUUUCAACUGGGUCUAGUUGUCGCUUUCAUAAAAGGACUAUGCACCCGGCGGAGUUAGCUGAAUUAGAGGCUUCGGGAGCAAUACCAUAUACAAAAAACGUACCCGAUUUAAACACAUUGAAAGCAGUAGCGCGCAAGGGAGAAAAUUUAAUGCCACUUGCCUCCAAACAAAAGGGUUAUAUAAACUUAACAAACCUCAUAUCAAAUGAAGAGAAUUAUCCCGCAACAUCAACGAUAAGUAAAAUUAUCCAACACAUAAAACAGGAAACUCGAUGUACCUUUAACGUAUUGGAGGAAAGCUCGUCCUCAUUGCCAUCGCCUGGAUCGCCGAUAUUGUUCCCGAUAGAAGAAGAGUUUCAAGAUGUUCCGGCUGGUGACCCAGUGGCAUCAACGCCACAAUCAUCAACAAAAUUGCCGAGAAAAAGGCAUAGGACAAAUGAUGCUGACGACGAAUUUAAAGAGGUGUGUCAGAUGUACAAAGAAGUACACAAAGAUCGGCAGAAUGAAAACAAGGCCAUAUCUAUAAUGGCGAAUAAAAAUUUAACUGUGGAAGGACAAAUAGGUAAUAGUGCAGAAAACUUUUUUGAUGAAAUAUGGAGGAGUUGGUGCCGCCUCUGUGGAAAGGCCGAUAUUCAGUCCAUCAAUGUUAUAUCUGGUCAGUGUGGGAAUUCCAUUAAUGAAACCAGCUAUAGCUGCAAUAUAGACACAGUACAGGUUGUAGGGGAAUUCUUCCGAGUUCAAAUUAAAGAGGAUGAUAAACUGCCACAAGUUAUUUGCCAAGGGUGCUGCGGGAGGGUAAACAACCUUAUUGAAUUCAGAGACCGCGUAAAUAAAACCCAACAAAUGUACGAAGAACUGCAGAAGUGUACAGACAAAGAAAACCUAGAUUUGAAUGGAUUACUUUUGAAGUAUGGUGUAUUUAAAGACGAAUCGUUAACUCAAUAUAGAAGUGAGCUUCCGGUUGAAGAAAUUUUCAUUUCCGAUCUAGUAUCGGUAACUUGCAAUGCUGACGCUGCGAACAUUGAUGUAAAAACUGAGAAGGUAUCUAAUGAAAACCAGUCAAAGACCUUAAGAUCAAAACAUGGUAAAAAAACUGAAUCUCAAGAUCCGAUCGGCGACGAGAAUGUAAAAUUCGACCACGAAUCUGGUACAUUGUCUGAAGACGAAGACAGUAGUAGUAGUGAAUUUAGUUUCGGAGGCUUGGAUUCUGCGGAAAGUAGCGAUACUGAAAGCCGUAAGAGAAGUGAAAAAAAGUCGAAGAAAUCCACAAACACCUCUGAAGAUAUCUCUCAGGAAAUUGACCAUUCCUGCAGCAUUUGCUCACAGAGUUUUCAACGGCGGAGUAAUUACUAUACACAUAUGAAAAAAAAACACGGAGUUUUCAUUUGCUCACAAUGCCCGAGUUCUUUCAAAAGUGAAUUUGAUCUGCAGGAACAUAUGAAAGAUCACCAAAAGCUCUAUAAUUGUGAGCAUUGUGACCAAAAAUUCCAAAGAAAGGGUGCAAUGAACAAACACAUCAGAAAUGAACAUGAAAAAAAUAUUAAAAAUUUGUUUAGUUGUCAGCACUGUGACCAAAAAUUCGAAAAAAAGAUUGCAAUGAGCAGACAUAUAAAACAUGAACAUAAACAGGAAAGUCCAUAUGUGUGCGCCGCAUGCGGAGAAGCAGUACUCUCAAAGAAACUAUUGAAACAACAUAUGUUAACCCACACUGACUUCACGCCCUAUGUAUGUAAAGAAUGUGGAAAGGUAUUCAAAGCGAAAAACAUCCUGAAGAGACACUUGGAAAUACAUGGAGAUAAGCUGAUUUGUAAUGAAUGUGGCAAGCAGUUAAGUUGCCGUGCUACAUUCAAUAAUCAUAUGCUGGUGCAUUCUGAUAAGAUGCCCCACAAAUGUGAUUACUGCGGAAGAACAUUUAAGCGGGCCAAAACUCUUAAAUAUCACCUGAUUGCCCACACAGGCCUAAGACCAUAUUCAUGUGACUUUUGUGGAAAGACAUUUUCAACUGGGUCAAGUUGUCGCUUUCAUAAGAGGACUAUGCACCCGGCGGAGUUAGCUGAACUAGAGGCUUCGGGAGCAAUAGCGUAUACGAAAAACGUACCGGAUUUAAAUACAUUGAAAGCAGUGGUGCGAAAGGGAGAAAAUUUAAUGCCACUUGCAUCCAAACAAAAGGGUUAUACAAACUUAUCAAAUCUAUCAAAUGAAGAGAACUAUUCCUCAACAUCAACGCUAAAUAACAUUAUACAACAAAUAAAACAGGAUUAAAAAAUUAUUGUAGUAGAUAAGAUACAUAUGAAGAACUAAUAUUAUUUUC